AUGGUGCUCAGUAUAUUGGAAGUCCUGCAUUUGUACCGUAUCAGGGAAAACUAUGUGCAAAAGUUGUUAGGAAACCUUGAAGACUUUGAGAUUCAAGAGUUACUGCAAAGUAAGUAAAUAUUUUAUAGUUUAAUUGCUAGCAAAUUACCAUAGGCAAAACACUGGUGCAGAAAUGUUAGUUAGCGAUAUAAUUAUGGCAAUGACUAAACCAAAGAAAGAGAUUUAGCAUGAGCAUAUGGGAGACAACCCAAAAAAAUUUAUAGGAAGGGAGGGGGGAGUGUUUGUUUAUAUAUUACACUUCAUAAUUCUAAACAACCUAUUUGUGAGAGAGUCUUAUUGGUACUGUUUGGUUCACGUGGUCAAAUUCCAUUACUGAGAGACCAAAUGACGGUAAAGAAAGCAACAACUGGCACUUGUCAAUAUUCCAUUGACCCCUUCUCGGCAAGAAAUAGAAAUUUCAAUGAGUCACAACUUCCCCCUAAUAUCUAAUAACCCUUUAAUAACAGUGGAAUAGUUGAAAAUACAACGGAAGCAGCCUAGAGCUUGAUAAAAAGAAGCAACAAAGGAUGCUUCUGAUGCUUUGCUGGCCCUCCUUGACUACCGCACAACUUCUGCCCAAGGCCUUCAGACCAGCCCAGUAAAGUCGCUCUUGUGUCGAUGAAAUAUGCAGGCCGGGAAGUAUCUUUUAGCACCCAGACUUGGAAAUGGAAGAUUAAUCUAUUACAAGGCUGCGUCCAAAAAUAAUGAUUAUUUAGGGAUCAAUUAAGGGCAGAUGUUGGAAUUUGAAGCUAUGAGGUGGUUCCAGAAUGUGGGAGGAAAUUUCGACACAGAUGUGUUCACCCACGGAAAUAAAGUGAAGCUUUAAGCUCUCGCUUAACAAUUGCAGUGUGGCCAUUUGACCUUUCCACUGAGGCGUUAACGACCCGACUUUACAUCCUGCUAGGUGCGACCACAAAAUCUAAGGUCUGAUCUUUUUCUUGUUAAGAGGGUCACAAGUAUACAUCAUAGAAAUGUACUUGUAUCUGUAAUACCCGUUUGACUCUUUAAUUGCUUUCCGUAUGCAACAAUCGACAUCUGUUUACCCACCCGUGGGUGACAUAUUUUGUGAGAUCUCAAGGGUUUCAGUGGCCCCUAAAUUGGGGACUGGUACGAAUCAGCCAGUGAGUCGAGCACGAAUGACUCAAACUGGGUAUAAAUCGACUGGGCGCGAAACAUCCACAGGUAUGACAGACUAGGGAACGAGUUUUGUAGAUCAUCUAUGUAUGCUCAAAGGAAAUAAAAUUAUUUAAAACGUCUAUUUCAAGCUUACCACUUUUUUGGAUCUGAUAUGUUAGGACCCGUUGCAUUCCUAUCACUCGUUGAAAUUAUUAAAUUGACGUGUACUCGUGUUUUACGUGAUUACAAUGAGUAUUUAGCAUUUAUCAAAGAUGAAGUUUAAUAGAAGCAUAAUUUUGAACAUGUUUUCCAGAAAAACCAACCAUCACAAACACAGAAGUAGAAGUUGACAAGUAUCUCAUUGUUACCUGGUCAGCACCUGAGGCCAGCAGCAGUAAUCGCAGCAUUAAAUACCGUCUGGAAUGUAGGAAACAAUCCAUGACAGGAUCCACAAAAAUCUUUCAACAAGGAGAUAUUGUUGAAACUCGCCACACGAUAACUGGUCUUGAGUAUGACACAGAGUACGAAGUAAAACUGUUCGCUGUCAACGAACAAGGAGACAGUGAGCCAGAUGUCAGAACAUUUAAGACAAAGAGUGGUAUGUACCUUUAUUUAAGACUUCUCACUUUACCUUCGGCAGAAUUGUUUAAAAUGCAAUAAAAUAAAUGCUGUUGGGUCCUAAAUACAGGAGUAACACUGCUUUUAAGGGGGGAGGAUUGUGAAACUUUCUGACAACAGGUUUAACACUCAUACUGCAGCUCUCAUAUAAGAAAAAUUAAUUAUUUGCGCAACAUUUUUUUACUAUCGUCAUCUUUGAUUUAGUCGUAAAUUAACUUGAUAAGACUUGUUAUUAAUUUUUCAUGCUAGAAAGAGUUGUUCAUCAAUGUUUCAUUUACCUUUCUUAUUAUAAUAAUAUGUUAGUUUUAGUUAGAAUAAGUAUUUCACAGUUUUUAGAGACAAAGUGUUAAAGAAGUAUAUCAUUUUGAUCAGGUUUACCUGAGAAACCAGCCAUCACAAACACAGAAGUAGAAGUUGACAAGUAUCUCAUUGUUACCUGGUCAGCACCUGAGGCCAGCAGCAGUAAUCGCAGCAUUAAAUACCGUCUGGAAUGUAGGAAACAAUCCGUGACAGGAUCCACAAAAAUCUUUCAACAAGGAGAUAUUGUUGAAACUCGCCACACGAUAACUGGUCUUGAGUAUGACACAGAGUAUGAAGUGAAACUGUUCGCUGUCAACGAACAAGGAGACAGUGAGCCAGAUGUCAGAACAUUUAAGACAAAGAGUGGUAUGUGCCUUUAUUUAAGAUUACUCACUUUACUUUUAGUAGAAUUGUUUGAAAUAAAAUAAAAGAAACACUGUUGGGUCCUAAAUACAGGAGUAACACUGCUUUUAAUGGGGGGAGGAUGGUGAAACGUUCUGACAACAAGUUUAAUACUCAUGCUGCAGCUCUCUUACGAGAAACAUUAAUUAUUUACCCAACAUUUUUUUUACUAUCGUCAUCUUUGAUUUAGUUGUAAAUUAUAUUGAUAAGACUUGUUAUUAAUUUUUCAUGCUAGAAAGAGUUGUUCAUCGAUGUUUUAUUUACCUUAUUACACCAAUAUGUUUAGUUUUAGUUAGAAUAGGUAUUUCACAGUUUUUUAGAGACAAAGUGUAAAAGAAAUAUCAUUUUGAACAGGUUUACCUGAGAAACCAGUCAUUACAAACACAGAAGUAGAAGUUGACAAGGAUCUCAUUGUUACCUGGUCAGAAGCUGAGUCCAACAGCAGUAAUUGCAGCAUUAAAUACCGUCUGGAAUGUAGGAAACAAUUCAUGACAGGAUCCAAAAAGUCUUUCAACAAGGAGAUAUUGUUGAAACUCGCCACACGAUAACUGGUCUUGAGUAUGACACAGAGUACGAAGUCAAACUGUUUGCUGUCAACGAACAAGGAGACAGUGAGCCAGAUGUUAGAACAUUUAAGACAAAAGUGGUAUGUACCUUUAUUUAAGAUUACUCACUUUACUUUUAGUAGAAUUGUUUGAAAUAAAAUAAAAGAAACACUGUUGGGUCCUAAAUACAGGAGUAACACUGCUUUUAAUGGGGGGAGGAUGGUGAAACUUUCUGACAACAGGUUUAAUACUCAAGCUGCAUCUCUCAUAUGAGAAACAUUAAUUAUUUGACCAACAUUUUUUUACUAUCGUCAUCUUUGAUUUAGUCGUAAAUUAUAUUGAUAAGACUUGUUAUUAAUAUUUCAUGCUAGAAAGAGUUGUUCAUCAAUGUUUUACUUACCCGUCAACAUGUUUAGUUUUAGUUAGAAUAGGUAUUUCACAGUUUUUAGAGACAAAGUGUAAAAAAGUAUCAUUUUGAACAGGUUUACCUGAGAAACCAAUUAUCACAAACACAAAAGUAGAAGUUGACAAGGAUCUCAUUGUUACCUGGUCAGAAGCUGAGUCCAACAGCAGUAAUUGCAGCAUUAAAUACCGUCUGGAAUGUAGGAAACAAUUCAUGACAGGAUCCACAAAAAAGUCUUUCAACAAGGAGAUAUUGUUGAAACUCGCCACACGAUAACUGGUCUUGAGUAUGACACAGAGUAUGAAGUCAAACUGUUUGCUGUCAACGAACAAGGAGACAGUGAGCCAGAUAUCAGAACAUUUAAGACAAAAAAGUGGUAUGUACCUUUAUUUGAGACCUCUCACUUUACUUUUGCUAGAAUUGUUUGAAAUGAGGUUAAAAGAAACAAUGUUUGCCCCUUAAUAUUGGAGUAUCACUGCUUUUCACGAGACAAAGAAUUGUGAAACUUUGUAACAACAGGUUUAUACUCAUGCUGCAGCUCUCAUAUGAGAAAACUUAAUUAUUUGGCCAACAUUUUUUUACUAUCGUCAUCUUUGAUUUGGUCGUAAAUUACAUUGUGAAGACUUGAUGUUAAUUUUUCAUGCUGGAAAGAGUUGUUCAUCGAUGUUUUAUUUACCUUAUUACACCAAUAUGUUUAGUUUUGGUUAGAAUAGGUAUUUCACAGUUUUUAGAGACAAAGUGUAAAAGAAGUAUCAUUUUGAACAGGUUUACCUGAGAAACCAGCCAUCACAAACACAGAAGUAGAAGUUGACAAGGAUCUCAUUGUUACCUGGUCAGCACCUGAGGCCAGCAGCAGUAAUCGCAGCAUUAAAUACCGUCUAGAAUGUAGGAAACAAUUCAUGACGGGAUCCACAAAAAUCUUUCAACAAGGAGAUAUUGUUGAAACUCGCCACACGAUAACUGGUCUUGAGUAUGACACAGAGUACGAAGUGAAACUGUUCGCUGUCAACGAACAAGGAGACAGUGAGCCAGAUGUCAGAACAUUUAAGACAAAAGUGGUAUGUACCUUUAUUUGAUACUUCUCGCUUUACUUUUAGAAGAACUGUUUGAAAUGAAAUUGUAAAAGAUACUAAUACUAUAACUAAUAAUAAUAUAAAAGUAACAAUUGGCGCUUGUAAAUGUUCCAUUGACCCCUUUUCAGCAAUAAAUAGAACAUGUUAAAAAGAAGCAACGAGGAAUGCUUCUGAUAGCUUUACUGUCUCUCCUUGACAACCGCACAACUUCUACUCGGGGCCUUUACACCAGCCCAGUACUGUGGCUCAUGAGGCGAUUAAAUGUGCUGGCCGAGAAGUAUCUUUUACCUCUCGUAGUUUAAAAUGAAAGAUGUCGUUAGGAUGAGCCUAUUACCAGGCUGCAUCCAACAAUAAUAAUUACUGAAGAAUCAAUUAGUGGCAGAUGUUGGAAUUUGAAGCUAUGAGGUGGUUCCAGAAGAUGUGAGGAAAUUUCGACGCAGUUGCGUUCACUCGUGGAAAUGAAGCAAAGCUUUAAGCUCACGCCUAACUAGGUGCCGCCAUUUGACUUUUGCCCUGCAGAGUUAACUACCCGACUCUGCAUCCUGCUGGGAACGACCACCAAAUCUAUGGCCUAGAAUCAGUAAUGCGGGGUCUGAUCUUUGUAUUGUUAAGAGGGUCACAAGUAUACAUCACAGAACUUAACUUGUAUCUGUAAUACUCGUAUGACUCUCUACGAACUUUCCGUAUGCAAAAAUCGAUAUCAGGUUGCUCAUUCGUGGGUGACAUGUUUUAUUUUUGAGAUCUCCUAGGAUUUGGUGAUUUGGUGGUACCACUGGGUCGGGUACGAACGACUCCAACUAGGUAUAAAUCGACUGAGUGCGAAACGUACACGAAAAUGACAACCUAGAGAACGAGUCUUAAAGAUCCUCUAUGUAUGCUUAUAUGAGACCAAAAUUAUUGAAAACGUACAUUUCGAAGUUAUCAUGUUUUUGAUCUGACAUGUUAAGACCCGUUGCAAUCAUAUUAUUUGUUGAAAUGAUUAAAUUGACAUAUCUACGUGUUUUAGUUAGUUACAAUAAGUAUUUCACAUUUAUCGGAGACAAAGAUUAAGAGAAGCAUGAUUUUGAACAGGUAAACCUGAGAAACCAACCAUCACAAAUACAGAAACAGAAGUUGACGAGGACUUCAUUAUUACCUGGUCAGAAGCUGAGGCCAAGAGCAGUAAUUGCAGCGUUAAAUACCGUCUGGAAUGGAGGAAACAACCCAUGACAGGAUCCACAGUAAUGGUUCAACGAGAAAAUAUUGUGGAAACUCACCUCAAGAUCACUGGUCUUGAGUAUGACACAGAGUAUGAAGUGAAACUGUUCGCUGUCAACGAACAAGGAGACAGUGAGCCAGAUGUCAGAACAUUUAAGACAAAGAGUGGUAUGUGCCUUUAUUUAAGAUUACUCACUUUACUUUUAGUAGAAUUGUUUGAAAUAAAAUAAAAGAAACACUGUUGGGUCCUAAAUACAGGAGUAACACUGCUUUUAAUGGGGGGAGGAUGGUGAAACGUUCUGACAACAAGUUUAAUACUCAUGCUGCAGCUCUCUUACGAGAAACAUUAAUUAUUUACCCAACAUUUUUUUACUAUCGUCAUCUUUGAUUUAGUUGUAAAUUAUAUUGAUAAGACUUGUUAUUAAUUUUUCAUGCUAGAAAGAGUUGUUCAUCGAUGUUUUAUUUACCUUAUUACACCAAUAUGUUUAGUUUUAGUUAGAAUAGGUAUUUCACAGUUUUUAGAGACAAAGUGUAAAAGAAAUAUCAUUUUGAACAGGUUUACCUGAGAAACCAGUCAUUACAAACACAGAAGUAGAAGUUGACAAGGAUCUCAUUGUUACCUGGUCAGAAGCUGAGUCCAACAGCAGUAAUUGCAGCAUUAAAUACCGUCUGGAAUGUAGGAAACAAUUCAUGACAGGAUCCACAAAAGUCUUUCAACAAGGAGAUAUUGUUGAAACUCGCCACACGAUAACUGGUCUUGAGUAUGACACAGAGUACGAAGUCAAACUGUUUGCUGUCAACGAACAAGGAGACAGUGAGCCAGAUGUUAGAACAUUUAAGACAAAGAGUGGUAUGUACCUUUAUUUAAGAUUACUCACUUUACUUUUAGUAGAAUUGUUUGAAAUAAAAUAAAAGAAACACUGUUGGGUCCUAAAUACAGGAGUAACACUGCUUUUAAUGGGGGGAGGAUGGUGAAACUUUCUGACAACAGGUUUAAUACUCAAGCUGCAUCUCUCAUAUGAGAAACAUUAAUUAUUUGACCAACAUUUUUUUACUAUCGUCAUCUUUGAUUUAGUCGUAAAUUAUAUUGAUAAGACUUGUUAUUAAUAUUUCAUGCUAGAAAGAGUUGUUCAUCAAUGUUUUACUUACCCGUCAACAUGUUUAGUUUUAGUUAGAAUAGGUAUUUCACAGUUUUUAGAGACAAAGUGUAAAAAAAGUAUCAUUUUGAACAGGUUUACCUGAGAAACCAAUUAUCACAAACACAAAAGUAGAAGUUGACAAGGAUCUCAUUGUUACCUGGUCAGAAGCUGAGUCCAACAGCAGUAAUUGCAGCAUUAAAUACCGUCUGGAAUGUAGGAAACAAUUCAUGACAGGAUCCACAAAAGUCUUUCAACAAGGAGAUAUUGUUGAAACUCGCCACACGAUAACUGGUCUUGAGUAUGACACAGAGUAUGAAGUCAAACUGUUUGCUGUCAACGAACAAGGAGACAGUGAGCCAGAUAUCAGAACAUUUAAGACAAAAAGUGGUAUGUACCUUUAUUUGAGACCUCUCACUUUACUUUUGCUAGAAUUGUUUGAAAUGAGGUUAAAAGAAACAAUGUUUGCCCCUUAAUAUUGGAGUAUCACUGCUUUUCACGAGACAAAGAAUUGUGAAACUUUGUAACAACAGGUUUAUACUCAUGCUGCAGCUCUCAUAUGAGAAAACUUAAUUAUUUGGCCAACAUUUUUUUACUAUCGUCAUCUUUGAUUUGGUCGUAAAUUACAUUGUGAAGACUUGAUGUUAAUUUUUCAUGCUGGAAAGAGUUGUUCAUCGAUGUUUUAUUUACCUUAUUACACCAAUAUGUUUAGUUUUGGUUAGAAUAGGUAUUUCACAGUUUUUAGAGACAAAGUGUAAAAGAAGUAUCAUUUUGAACAGGUUUACCUGAGAAACCAGCCAUCACAAACACAGAAGUAGAAGUUGACAAGGAUCUCAUUGUUACCUGGUCAGCACCUGAGGCCAGCAGCAGUAAUCGCAGCAUUAAAUACCGUCUAGAAUGUAGGAAACAAUUCAUGACGGGAUCCACAAAAAUCUUUCAACAAGGAGAUAUUGUUGAAACUCGCCACACGAUAACUGGUCUUGAGUAUGACACAGAGUACGAAGUGAAACUGUUCGCUGUCAACGAACAAGGAGACAGUGAGCCAGAUGUCAGAACAUUUAAGACAAAGAGUGGUAUGUACCUUUAUUUGAUACUUCUCGCUUUACUUUUAGAAGAACUGUUUGAAAUGAAAUUGUAAAAGAUACUAAUACUAUAACUAAUAAUAUAAAAAGUAACAAUUGGCGCUUGUAAAUGUUCCAUUGACCCCUUUUCAGCAAUAAAUAGAACAUGUUAAAAAGAAGCAACGAGGAAUGCUUCUGAUAGCUUUACUGUCUCUCCUUGACAACCGCACAACUUCUACUCGGGGCCUUUACACCAGCCCAGUACUGUGGCUCAUGAGGCGAUUAAAUGUGCUGGCCGAGAAGUAUCUUUUACCUCUCGUAGUUUAAAAUGAAAGAUGUCGUUAGGAUGAGCCUAUUACCAGGCUGCAUCCAACAAUAAUAAUUACUGAAGAAUCAAUUAGUGGCAGAUGUUGGAAUUGAAGCUAUGAGGUGGUUCCAGAAGAUGUGAGGAAAUUUCGACGCAGUUGCGUUCACUCGUGGAAAUGAAGCAAAGCUUUAAGCUCACGCCUAACUAGGUGCCGCCAUUUGACUUUUGCCCUGCAGAGUUAACUACCCGACUCUGCAUCCUGCUGGGAACGACCACCAAAUCUAUGGCCUAGAAUCAGUAAUGCGGGGUCUGAUCUUUGUAUUGUUAAGAGGGUCACAAGUAUACAUCACAGAACUUAACUUGUAUCUGUAAUACUCGUAUGACUCUCUACGAACUUUCCGUAUGCAAAAAUCGAUAUCAGGUUGCUCAUUCGUGGGUGACAUGUUUUAUUUUUGAGAUCUCCUAGGAUUUGGUGAUUUGGUGGUACCACUGGGUCGGGUACGAACGACUCCAACUAGGUAUAAAUCGACUGAGUGCGAAACGUACACGAAAAUGACAACCUAGAGAACGAGUCUUAAAGAUCCUCUAUGUAUGCUUAUAUGAGACCAAAAUUAUUGAAAACGUACAUUUCGAAGUUAUCAUGUUUUUGAUCUGACAUGUUAAGACCCGUUGCAAUCAUAUUAUUUGUUGAAAUGAUUAAAUUGACAUAUCUACGUGUUUUAGUUAGUUACAAUAAGUAUUUCACAUUUAUCGGAGACAAAGAUUAAGAGAAGCAUGAUUUUGAACAGGUAAACCUGAGAAACCAACCAUCACAAAUACAGAAACAGAAGUUGACGAGGACUUCAUUAUUACCUGGUCAGAAGCUGAGGCCAAGAGCAGUAAUUGCAGCGUUAAAUACCGUCUGGAAUGGAGGAAACAACCCAUGACAGGAUCCACAGUAAUGGUUCAACGAGAAAAUAUUGUGGAAACUCACCUCAAGAUCACUGGUCUUGAGUAUGACACAGAGUAUGAAGUGAAACUGUUCGCUGUCAACGAACAAGGAGACAGUGAGCCAGAUGUCAGAACAUUUAAGACAAAGAGU